AUGAAGUUAUAUGGAAUAUUAUUUACUUUUAUUCUUCUAAUUGGCUUAUCUUCAUGUCGUGACAAAUUUCUUACUCGUACAUCUGUUCAAGACUAUGUUGAUAAAUUUGUUGAUGUUGUUAAAUUUAAACAUCAAGGAAUAUUAAGUCUUAAUAAAACAGCUAUCCGUCAAAUUUGGUCUUUUUUUAAAGCAAAAUAUCGUCGUUUUUAUUCAUCGACUAAAGAAGAACGAGCACGUCUCCGUGUAUUUCGUGACAAACUCAAAUAUGUAUUAGAAACAAAUCUUCGAAAAGCAAGUACAUAUAAAUUAGGAUUAAAUGAUUUUUCUGAUUGGACACCAGAAGAAUAUCAAAGAAUGGUCCAUGGUGUGAAAGUUUCAUCUAGGUUCCGACGAAGUUUAAUAGAUGAUGAACUAGAUGAAGAUUCAUUAGAACGUAGUUUAGCAAGAUUUGAUCAACGUUAUUAUUAUGCAAGAAGAGAUGAAAAUAACAAUGACACAAGUCAACAACCUAAUACAUUUGAUUGGCGUACAAAAAAUGUUGUUAGUCCUAUUAAACAUCAAGGUUACUGUGGAUCUUGUUAUGCAUUUGCUACGGUUGCAGUUAUGGAAUCACUCUAUGCUAUAAAAACAAAUUCUCAAAAUGUUACUCGAUUCAGUGAACAACAAAUAGUUGACUGUUCAAGUAAAGGAAAUAGCGGUUGUUGUGGUGGUAAUUUUGAACCAAGUGUUAAAUUUUUAUCAGAAAAAGGUGGUAAAAUAGCUAUAGAGGCUUCUUAUCCUUAUGCAGAAAAACUAGCCUUGUGUCAAAAAAGUGGUACUAAUGAAAUUGAACUUGGUGAAAUUAAAUAUGAGAAGCUUGCUAGAGGAAAUGAAAAAAAAUUGGCUGAAGCAGUUGCUAAUUAUGGACCAAUAUUUGUUGCAGUUGAUGCUAGUUCUGAAGAUUUUGGGACUUAUCGAAAAGGUGUUCUUCAAAUAGAUCGUUGUCAUAAAAGAAGGGUGACUCAUGCUGUGGUUGUUGUAGGUUAUGGUUAUGAUGAAGAAAUUCAAAAACCUUAUUGGAUAAUAAAAAAUUCAUGGGGAACAGGCUGGGGUGAAAAUGGUUAUUUACGUUUAAUUAAAGAUGCUGGAAAUAUGUGUGGUGUUGCUACACAGGCAUAUUCUGCUAAAUUAAUAUAA